AUGAAUAUACUAAGUGUAGCGUGUGCGCGUCGUGCUUUUACCAGUACAACAUGCCUAUACAAGAAGGGUGGCAAGGCCGCGCGAGAUGAGAAGCAAGCCUCAAGUAGGGAUGUCGCAGGCAGCGACGACCCGUUCAACUUCAGCAUGCUAGAAGCAGAUGUCGCCGCCACCAUUGAGCGGCUGAAGAACGACCUUUCCAAGCUUCGCGCCGGUGGUCGCUUCAACCCAGAAGUCCUGGAGAAUCUGCGCGUCCAGCCGGACAAAAGCAGCCAGCAGACGGUGAAGCUAAGCGAUCUGUCGCAAGUCAUUCCAAAAGGCCGCACGGUGCAGAUCGUCGUGGGCGAGAAAGACCAUGUCAAGCCCACCAUGACCGCCAUCCAGUCGAGUAACUUGUCUCUCGCGCCUCAACCUGACCCCACCGGAGUCAAUCCGCUGCUGCUGGUGAUCAAUAUCCCGCCGCCAACGGCAGAGUCUAGGAAGAAGGUUGUGGAUGAGGCCACGAAGGCCGGCGAGAGAGCGAGUACGAGCCUGCGGGAUGCGCGAGGGAAGCAGCAGAAGAAGUUGAGGGCGCUGCAGCUGAAUAAAAGUGUGCGGCCGGAUGAUCUGAAGAAGGCGGGUACGAUGAUGGAGAAGGUUGUAGAGAAGGGCGUGGCAGAUGUGAAGAGGGUGGUGGAUGGAGCCAAGAAGGUGCUCGAGGGCACUUAA